UUUUAUAUUUUUGUAAUUUUUAGUUUGUACUCACAUUCAUAAGGAGGGCUUGGAAUUUGGUUUUGUGUUUGUAUUAAGGGGUUGUGGUUUGCAUUUGGCAUUUUGAUAUAAUUAAGGUGUUGUGGUUUGCAUAAUUGGUUGUGAAUGAAAUUUAUGUGAUAUAAUUAAGGGGUUGUGGUUUGUAUUUUGGCAUUUUGAUUUAUAAGGGGUUGUGGUUUCAUUCAUUUUGGCGUUUAUAUGUUCAAAAAUGAGUCGAUUCAUAAGGUGUUGUGGCUUGCAUAAUUGGUUGUGAAUGAAAUUUAUGUGAUAUAAUUAAGGGGUUGUGGUUUGCAUUUUGAUUCAUAAGGGGUUGUAGAUUCCAUUUAAAGUCGAUUAUUUUUUUAUUCAUAUUCUAACCAAUGGUGUUUAUGGUGUUUGAUUAGGGCACCUUGUGGUGGUUUGUCAUCCUUGUGGUGAUGAUCAUUGCCUUAAUGGCAAGAAAAGGCAAGGGCAAGGGGAAGGCCAAGGAGACAACCAAAGGCAAGGGAAAAGGGAAAGCCAAGGAGACAACUUCCACUCGGAAGGGUAAAGGAAAGUCUAGCACCUUGGCUAUACGUGAUGAGCCAACUGAUUCGGAUGAAGGCGGGGAGAAUCCGAAUGAAGAGGAAGUUCCAAGACGAAGGGUAAUUAGGAGGCCACGAUCCCAUUCAGCCGGUUUGUUUGGAAAAGUCCCUCCGAAACCAAUCCGUAUCAAUAUUUCAGGAGGACAUAUUGAAGAUGAUCAAGCAAAGAAGACUUUGCUUGCUAUUGUUCGUGAAAGGUGGCCCGUUGGACAUUACACGUUCACCGACAUUGUUGAAUAUGAUGAUGAAUGGCUAAAACACGUAGUCGAGGAAUUUAAUUUAUAUUUCAAGCAACAAAAGGGACAAAGCCGGUCCGAAGCAAAAAAUAUAAUUGAGAAGCAUAUCAAGAACACAAUAAAGAGGACGUUGAAUGAGCUCAAGACAAAUAUUGAGCAAAAAUCAAAGGAAAGCGGAAAAUCAAAAUUGAGUUUAAGACCUGGAUAUUGGUCUGAACUUUUUUGGAAGGAUUUAUUAAAUUAUUGGGAAAAGAAUGAGGGGCACUUGCAUAGGUCAUCCGUUGGAUCUACGAACCGCAAGAACGUCGAGCGGUUGCAUAGUGCCGGUGCCCGGUCUUUUAAUAAAGUGAAGGAGGAAAUGAAAAGGAAGGAACGAGGAAAGAAUCCAACUCGCCUUGAAGUAUGGAACCUGACGCAUACAAGGGUUGGAAGUGAUCCCGAGCACCCCGUGUAUACCACGCCUGCUGCAAUGGCCAUAGCGAUAAUUAAAUGA